AUGUCAUUGGAUAAACUUCAUCUUAAAUUAGGAAAAGCACUUGUGCUAUUGCAUAAGGAUGAACCUGAUAACGCCUACAAAGAAUUAACAGUUAUCAUUAAUGAAUUAGUCAAAACGAAUACGCCUCUUCACAAUGAAGAAGCUAAUGAUUUAUUAAUAGUCUCAUGUCUCGAACGAGUAAAUUUAAGUUAUGAAAAAAAGAAAUUUCAAGAAUUUCUAUAUGAUGUACAACUUCUUCAAAAACUUAAUUAUGAUAUUUACAGUAAUUCUGAUCUGGCUCUUAAAAAGCUGUAA